GGAACCACGUGGAUUGGAGCAAUGGCGCUGUACGGGAAGGCGGCUGCUGUGUUGCGGCAGGCCGGGGAGCAGCGUGGUUCUGUCAAAUCCCUGGUGUAUAACAGUGGGUAUGAGAAUAUUAAGCAGCUGUAUGCCCUGGUGUGUGAAACACUGAGAUACACCCCUGUGCUGGAAGAGAUCAUUAGCAUGACAGACCUCUUGAAGAAGGAGAAAAAACUGCAGAUCAAUAUUGCUAAGGUGCUUGUGUAUGAUCUCCUCUUUGGGAAGGGUCUGAAGUGUGGCGGGAGUUGGAAGGUAUUGAUUAUGAAACAUCGUUCGCAACUAAAAUCAGCGCUGGCCAGAUUAAAGGUAAAAAGAAAGGUUUACCGCAACGAGGACCUCAUUGAAUCAAAACAUUCUGAUGCAAAAGAUUGCCAGCUGCCUCGUUACGUCCGAGUGAAUCUGCUGAAAAACAACGUGGAGGAUGUAAUUGACUACUUCAAACGCGAGGAUUAUGCUUAUCUCGGGCAGGCAACUGAUGCAACAGAUCUGAAAAAUCUCACUCAUAGACAAUUCAUCUCUGACCCUCAUCUCCCUGAAUUACUCGUUUUCCACCCAAAGACCGAUCUUCAUGAACACUUUUUGUACACGGCUGGACAUAUUAUUCUGCAAGAUAAGGCCAGUUGUCUCCCAGCCCAUCUCUUGAACCCUCCAGUGGGUUCUCAUGUAAUCGAUGCUUGUGCAGCUCCCGGUAACAAGACCAGCCAUCUUGCUGCUAUUCUUUGCAACAAAGGGAAACUCUUUGCGUUUGAUCUGGACACCAAGCGCUUGGCUACGAUGGGCACCCUACUGUUGAGGGCUGGAGUUACAUGCCAUGAAAUGGCCAACCAGGACUUCCUGCUUGUGGAUUCCAGCAACCCGAAGUACCGGGAUGUAAAGUAUAUUUUACUGGAUCCUUCAUGCAGUGGCUCUGGAAUUGUGAACCGCUUAAACCAGUUCACAGACGACGAGGAAUCGUCAUCCGCACAGCGCCUGCAGGCAUUGGCGGCUUUCCAGCACAGAGCACUCAGUCACGCACUGAGCUUUCCGAGUGUGGAGAGAGUCAUUUACUCAACUUGUUCAGUCCAUCGUGAGGAGAAUGAAGAUGUUAUAGAGAAAAUACUGCAGCAUUAUGCAAAUAGCUUCAGACUAGUUAAUUUGAUGCCUUCAUGGCCAUGUCGUGGUCUGGAUACAUUCCCAGAAGGUCCCAGGUGUCUUCGGGCCACGCCGGGUGACACCCUGACAAAUGGCUUCUUUGUUGCUAUGUUGGAAAAGCACAAUGGGCAAAGUGAGAUGGAGCAAAACAGAGAGAGCUUUGCUGAGGAGUGUGCGCCACCUGCAGCAUCUAGCCUUGCUUCUGUGAAGGUAUUGGAAGGAAAUGCUGCAGCUUGCUCACCAACAGCCAGACACAAAAAAAAGAAAUUGAAGAAAGUCAAAUCAAUUGUAUGAGGACAAGACAGACUGAAGAUGGUGCAGUCUAGGACAAUAAAACAGAAUACUGCAGGAACUCAAUGAGUCAAGAAUCAUCUGUGGAGGAAUAAUGUGCAAGUCAACAAUUUGGGUCAGGACCUGAAUCAGCACUAGGGGGAAUGGGGAAGGAAUAAAGAUUGCUAGCUUAUAGCAGUAUGAAGGGGAUUUGGAUAGAGCAUGAUCAGCAAUUAUGUGAAUAUAGAUAGGGGAUAGACAAACAAAAUUAAAUGGAAAGAAGAGUGUGUAAGUGAGGGAGGAGACACCAGAAGAUGUGGAUUAUCCCCUUUGUCAAGUGGCCCUCCAGUGUUUUCUGCCCUCACAAGCCGUUCAAGAUUGCCCACAAGGAUUAAAAGUGAAGAAAAAGUAACGCUUGAUCCUGUAACUGGAACACGUGCGAUAAAGGAUACAGUUUCUUGUUCUAUUAAAUAUGGUCAAAUAAACUGAUGUAUUUCACAUGA